GAAGUCUUGAGACGCGUUCGGGCCGCCCGCGGAACGUGCAAGCUUCCGUCCCGUCUCUGCGUUCAUUUCGGGAUGUGGGUUAGAGCGGAACAACGGUCGUAUGUUAUUUUGCAGGAUGUGGGUCACGAGUGUCAGAGGAGGAUCCAUGAAUCUAUGUAAGAUAUCUACAACACGCGGGUAGUACGUUCGUGGGCGGGUAGGAAUUGGAUAUCACCCACUUUGAGCCAAUUCUUGCGAUGGAAGUUCCGUCCAUUCCGAAUCCCCAUCUAAGGGUGCUACUGCAGCCACGAUAUCAGCUUGCUCGUCCAGCGACAGGUCGGUGCUCUGUUCGAUGCGCGUAUUGAGUUCUUGAAGGAUGCGUAGCGUGUCAUUCUUCCACACUUGAAGACGCGUCACAAGCUCGAUCUCUGAUGUUUCAGACAGUUCUUUGUAUUCUCCAGGAACUUUGAGUUGCACAAGGAGAGAAGAGAGGGUCAUGAUCGUCGCGUCGCGAGGGUCACCGGUAUUGAUUGGCACUUGAAAUCAAAUCAGCUGAUGGAAGUCAGCACAGCCCAUGAUGAGCUGACAAAGCUACAUAGUUUACACGUGAACAAGGCAGGCGGCAAUCCCAAAAUCCCUUCGUCCUUCCUCAAGACAUCGCUGCAUAAAUGGGUCGGGUUAUUCGAGCACAGAGGCGGUCGCACACCAUCUUCAAAGCGCACACGCACUUGAACAAGAACCCGGCGCAGCUCCGUAACCUCGACUUCGCUGAGCGCAACGGCUACAUCCGCGGUGUCGUUCGAGAGAUCAUCCACGACUCCGGACGUGGUGCUCCCCUUGCCCGUGUCGUCUUCCGGGAUCCGUACCAGCACAAGCUCCGCAAGGAGACCUUCAUCGCCACUGAGGGUCUGCACACCGGUGCCUUCGUCUACUGCGGAAAGAAGGCGACUCUCUCUGUCGGCAACGUUCUUCCCGUCGGUCAGUGCCCUGAGGGUACGAUCAUCUGCAACGUCGAGGAGAAGGUCGGUGACCGUGGUGCCCUUGCCCGCACCUCUGGUGCCUACGCUACCAUCAUUGGCCACUCGCCCGAUGACAACAAGACCCGUCUCCGUCUGCCCUCCGGCGCCAAGAAGACCGUCUCUGGAUCUGCCCGUGCAACUGUCGGUAUCGUCGCUGGUGGUGGACGUAUCGACAAGCCCUUGCUCAAGGCGGGUCGCGCAUACUACAAAUUCAAGGCCAAGCGUUACAACUGGCCCCGUACUCGUGGUGUGGCUAUGAACCCCGUGGACCACCCCCACGGUGGUGGUAACCACCAGCACAUCGGAAAGGCGUCCACGAUCUCGCGCCAAGCCGUUCCCGGUCAAAAAGUCGGUCUCAUUGCUGCCCGGAGGACUGGUCUUCUGCGUGGUACCGUCAAGGUCAAGGAGUUUAAGCGGUGGAUGGGCGUUUGGGCUCGUCUGUUUCUUCUCCUUAUCUACAUUUUUCAUGCAUCCUACCUUCCAAAAUGUAUGCCAUGCCGCCCGCGACAAUGA